UGGUGUACAAGAGGGCAAUCCUGAACGUGCAAGAUGUCAAACCUUGAAGUGCAUGAGCUGCAGAAGCGGAAGACCACUCUGGGUUCCAUUCCUGUGUCUAAUAAAGCAGCCAAAGAGUGUCUUUCACUUAAUGCCUGCGUCUGGAAUCACAGCAAAAUCAACAGGAGCUGCCACAUGGUUUUGUGAUCUUGUAUCACAAUUCAGUCAUGACUAAUCUUCUAUCUCGACAUCAUCCAAUGCACUCUCUCUCUGUUACAUUAUUACCAUUGCCAGUCCAAAUUUUGAUCAUAUGCAAGAACUAACUUUCUGUGUAGAAAAUUACAGAACUGCUCAUGUUAAUGAACCAGCCCAUGAGGAUCACCUCACUGCUUUUGCUCUACUGGUUUAAUUAAAAAUUGACCUAAAGGAUGUCCCUUCAACCAUGGGCCAAGCUAUCUGCAUCUGCUCUCGUGGGAUAAUCACCAUUGACAAUAAGCGUUAUUUAUUUAUCCAAAAUCUGGAUGAGGGGGGUUUCAGUUAUGUAGAUCUUGUGGAGAGUGUACAGGAUGGCAAGUUCUAUGCCCUUAAACGCAUCAUCUGCCAUGACAAAGAAGACCGGAAGAAUGCACUCACCGAGGUGGAAAUGCACCGAAUGUUCAACCACCCAAACGUCCUGUCUCUAGAAGCAUACAGCAUCAUAGACAAAAGUCCAAAGUGUGAGACUUGGCUUCUUCUGCCUUACAUUAAGAAUGGCUCACUUUGGACAGAGCUUGAGAAGCUGAGAAAUGCUAAUAACUUCAUGGCUGAAGAACAGAUACUAAGCAUCUUCCUAGGACUCUGCAAGGGACUGAAGGCUAUCCAUGACAAGGGCUAUGCACACAGGGACGUGAAGCCCACAAAUGUUCUUCUAGAUGACAAUCAGCAGCCUGUACUUAUGGACCUGGGGUCGAUGACAAAGGCUAGGAUUGAAGUCAAAGGGUCACGAGAAGCUUUGACAAUCCAGGACUGGGCAGCAGAGCGAUGUACCAUAUCAUACCGAGCCCCUGAGCUCUUCACUGUGGAAAGUCACUGCAUCAUAGAUGAACGCACAGACAUAUGGUCCCUAGGAUGUGUGCUCUAUGCUAUGAUGUUCCUGGAAGGACCGUAUGAUGGCAUCUUCCAGAAAGGAGAUUGUGUCGCAUUGGCUGUACAGAAUCCGAUAACCAUUCCAGAAAACUGCAGGUACACACAGUCCCUACAGCAUCUGCUAACCUCUAUGAUGGUUGUUAACCUCCAAGAGAGGCCAAAUAUUACCUGGGUAUUGAACCAGACUGAACAACUGCAGCCUGCCGGAGCCAUCCAGGACACCAGAAUGAUCUGAUAUUGGCAGCAUUAACAAGAGUGGCUCCAUCUAUCCUAGGAGGCAGUUCGAAUUUGUCAUCUGUCAGACUUUCAUUAUUUCUACACAGGGAGAAAAAAAAUAUCAUCAGUCAUCCUUGCUUCAGUAUUUCUGCCAACUGGGUAGGAUCCUGUGUGUUCUCUCUCCAUUAUGUCCUGUAUUCCCACUCCAGUUUGUACAGAAUUGUUCAGUUUUCAAUGGAGAGCAAAGUAGAAGAAAUUACACAUUUUUCUUCAUCCCAGAAGGAUUUAGCUCUUUGUUUUGCACCAUUGGUACUACAUGUGCUGUAAGUUAAUCACAACCACCAAACCCUUUGGUACCUGCUGUGGUUACGUGUGUAGAAUUUGCAUACAACACCUUGCUCAAGAAGCAAGUCUCAUUGAGUGCGAAAGGUGUGAUUCACUUGUCUGUUUGGUCACUGUUCUUGGGUGCUGCCUGUCUGCUCUCUUCCAUCAGAACUUACCGGGGUUAAGUUUUGGAGUGCAUUAAUUCUAACUAUGUGUAAAAAGGCAAGUAAAAACGUGGCCGUGCACUGCUAAGUGUGUAUUGAAUGCUGCCAUGACACAACUUAUUAAUGUGGACUCAACGCCUGACCUCCGGGUGUGUGACAGAGAACUAAAUCAGAAAUGGUUAAAUUUUGGGAGCAAGUGUAGAAACCUCAUAAGCUUUAAAGACUCCAUCCAGUCACAUAAUGGGAUAGGGAUUGGUUUCAAUUGGAUUACAUGCUGAGGGUGCUGGCAUCUAUCUCUAUAAUAUUUUGUAGUGUGUUUUUCUAAUUAAAUCAUUUUUUUUCUAUCUUUCAUCCCCGUGUACCCUUUCCCUCUUCCAAAAAAAAAAAUUAAAGAUUGGAUAUCACUACAUUGAUUCCAAUUGUAGAAUGGGCAAGUUUGAAUCCAUUCAAGCCAAAUUAACUGCUAGGAAACUCAACCCUCAUCACUCCCACACCACCCCUCCACCCCAGCCAAACAGGAAAUGAAAGCAGAGCCAAAGCCAGGUGAAUAUUUUCCUCGAUGGUGCAUUACCCAUUAAGGGAACAUCACUUCCCACUCUGUCUAUUCCUUUUUGUAGGAGCUUAUUUAGCCCCAUCAGUGUUAUUUUUCAAGUACAUGCCUAUUCAAGAUGAGUGGCCUUGUCUUUUGGAACAAUCUCAAGAUGUCCGAUAGUUGGCUUGCCACUUGAGAUUGAGUCAUUUCCACAAACAGCAAUGUCAAAUUUUCUGCUACAGAAAUAUUUCAGUUCCUUUUCUGAGUUUGUAUCCUCAUAAGCAUCUGUAGAUAACAUAUUUCUUUCUUGCCCUGCAUUGCACACCACCUUCUGAAUCUUGAGUAAUUCUAAGAACAAUGUAUUGAACACUAGAAAAUAGGGAAAGGCCUGCAGUUGAACAUGAUCGUGGCUGAUCUAUCCCAAACCUUGUCUUUCUCAUUGCUAGUUCCACAUAACCUUCAACUUGCCAAUCCUUCAAAAACAUAUCUACCUCCUCUUUAAAUACCUCCAAUGAUCUAGUCUCCACAACUUUAAGGUAAAUUCCAGAGGUACAUCGCUUUUUUCAAAAUAUUGCAAUUCAUGAUUAUUUUCUUGUUUUGUAACUCUGUCCCCUUGUUUGACUGUCUCAUGAGUGAAAACCUUUUAACAUCUACCCUGUUAUACACCAUGGGAUCUUAUGUGUUUCUAUAAAAUCACCUCUUAUUCUUCUACUUUCCAAAGAAUAUGGAUACAACUUAUAUAGCUACUUCUGAUAAGACAACAUUCUGUUACCAGGAAUUAGCCCAGUGAAUUUCUUUCAGACUUCUCCCAGUGUUGGAAUAUCCAUUCUUAAAUAAGGGGACCAAAACUAUGCAGGAUACUCUUGGUAUGGCCUCGUCAGUGCCCUGUACAAUGAUAACAAUGCGUACCUAAUUCUAAACUUAGCUCUUUUAAAUCUGCAAAAAAAAAUGUGCAAAAUAAUUUUAAAAGGUUGUUAGAGACGUGGUUGAUUCCUGAAGUUGCACUUUUAUUCCCUCCUGAUUUGUAAUUCUAUAUUAAAACUGAUUAUUAUUUUUCCUUCCAGUGUGGGCAGGUGGCCAAGUGGUUAAGGCGUUUGUCUAGUGAUUUCAAGGUCGCUAGUUUGAGCCUCAGCUGUGGCAGCACCUUUGUGUCCUUGAGCAAGGCACUUAACCACACAUUGCUCUAGUGUCUGUACGAGGAGUGGCGCCCCACACAGACUUCCAAUCUGCGUCUUGUAAGGCAUGAAAAUGCCCAACGCAGGCCUCUCAUGGUCUGAGUCGACGUUCCCUCCUGUUCAAUGCUUUCACUUCCACCCCACCCACCAAUUCUUCCUUUCCCCAACACUACAAACAAAAGUACUCUCAGUGCUUACCAGCUAGGUACGUGGUUGUGUUUGAAACUUGCUUUAGUUUCAAAAUAAUACAGAAAGCCUGAAACUAAACAUAAAGCUUGUGGGAGAAAAAAAAAAUUGGAAUUAAUGUGGAAACCAGGCUGGCAAUUCGAGCUAUGACUUUUUCAUCAGAACUGAAAGUUCUUGAGGGGUCAGUGAUCAGGGAAAGAACUAAAUAAAACAGUCUGUGAUGGGGUGGAUAUUGUCUGUUACCUACUUUGCAAUAUAAAGUGCAACACGAGAGCAUUCAGUUUGGUCUGGUUGCUGUCUUCUAACAACAGUCUAAUGAGUGCCACUGUUUAUCUGGAGCCAACAGUUCUUACCCUACCCUUGGAAAAAUAUCUCCCAUUCCCUUUCAAGGGCUACCAUCCUUUCUACUACCAUCAGCAAGUGUUUUAUCAUCCUAACUAUGCAUUCAUUUAAACAAGCCAUUUAACUUGGGUGCCUCUGGUUCUUUUAAAACUUCUUAGCCCCUCAUCUAUGGCUUACAGUUUCUCAGAUUUUACUGAGGAGAAGAGGGAUGAGCCCCUUGAGCUUCCACCAUUCAGUGGCAUGGCUGAAUCUAUGCUUGUUUUAGUCAGAGCAGAGGUGCUCAACAAAGCGGCCCCUCAGUCUACGUUGGGCCUCACCGAUGCAGAGGAGGCCGUGCCGGGUGCAGUAGGUGACCCUGACAGACUCGCAGGUGAAGUGUUGCCUCAUGUGGAAGGACGAAUAUAUUUAGUGCAUUGGUCAAAUCUCAACUUAACCACCUCAGCUUUGAGGAAGCCAAUACCAAAAUGUUAUAACAAAAUAGUGAAGAGCUAGAUAUCAGAAGAAAGGAAUGUUUGAAGUGCAAAGGAUAGCUGCAGGAAAAGACAAGUAUAAUGUGGUGAUCUUCAGAGGCCUGCAAAACUGUUUGUCUUUCCCUAUUGGCUCAUUUGGAGAGGAGGAUAGGCUUUCUCAUAAAAUGACAUCCUCGUCUGAAAGACUAUUGAAGAUGACAUAAUUAUUGUGUUCAGUUAUUGGAAGAAUAAUGAAUGCUUGGCUUUUAACAGCCUGAGAGAUGCACAAACUAUCAAUGAUUCCACAUUGGAAUGGUAGUAACAGAGCAUAAAAAUGCAGUGUAAAAUUUGAAGAAGGAAAAAUUUAGGACUUUAUAUUAACAGAAUCUGAAAUGGAUGUUGUAGUGAGGCUCUAGAAACCAAACCCUUGAGGUUUAUUGGAUGUAAUGGAUUGAAGCUAGAAUUCACUGUACAUGCAAUUGCUGACAGGUGUUUCCAUAACGUAUGGGCACAGAGUCAGAAAGCAAAGAAGGGUGAAAUUUAUCCUUCCCUUCCCAUGUUGAAAACAGCUCUCUAAUUAGUCCCUGUCCCCUGUAAACCUGUUUCUGGUAACUACAUAUCACAACACAUUAGAAGCAAAGAGUAUUUUAUGCAGUCAUCAGCAUUGCUGCACCACUCAGUGAGGCCACCAGCACUCGUGUACUUCAGCAUUCUCCUAGCAGAACCCAGUAGCACUUGGCAUCUGGCAAUUUAUCAAUCCAAAUCUUAGAAGUACUUGAUUUCAAUUCUGUAGGUUUAAAAAAAUCCUUGGAUUAGAGGGAGAGAGUUUUUUUAACCUUUCUUUUUCCACCUUAUCCUGCUUUAAUGUGGCCCGAAUCAACUCAGACCAAGAUAAAUGCAACCUUUUCAAUAUUGUAAAUUAUCCAUGCAUAUUCUUUCAAGUGAAGUACAAUAGUAAUCAUUCUCCAUUUGUAUGCUCUUUGAGGGAUUUUACUAUGCACACGGUGAGUGACAGUUUCCUGGGAUACUGUAAUUCAUUUCAGGAAGCUUCUUGGAUAUGGUACGAAGCAAUGCAGGGUCUCUGCCAUAACGAGGGAACCUGCUCAUCGGCAGGAGCUCUCAUUAUAAGUUGCUUAAAUCAAUUUGUAUUUGAUCUAAUUCCAUUGUCAUAGCACAGAUAGUAUUUAAAGAGACUAAUUUUUUGGGGAAUAUUGAUUCUUUGAGAUCAUCACCAUAGGAUUGUGAUCAUAUUCUGGACCUGUAUACUCCAUUCAGAUGCCUUGUCCUGAUUUUCUAUUAUAUCUUUGUAUGUACAAUGGAUAUGUUAUGUCUGCAGUUCCAAUUAUUUGCAUGCCUUUAAGAUAAAAUGGUCUGUUUGUUAAAUUCUUUGCUGUUUUGACCCUCUGAUGUGUGUUGUGGUUGCGGAAGGUGGUUACAAGUGUGUAAACGUCUAGUGCAUUUGCUGGGUGUUACUUUCUCCCUGGCUAUUGUGUCAUUUAUGACAAAAUUACUCAGUGCAAUUAGGCAUUUGUAUACCAGCAUUACCAUGGGUAUGAUGUGCUUAAAUUUUACCUCAAUUUGAAAAGUGUUGGACAGAGCCCUGAUGAUGCUUGGAUGUCGGUUUGAGUUUAUCGAUAUCCUUUCUGUUGAAAAUACUGUUACUUUUAUGUAACCUACUUUAUCUGGGACAGUAGCAUAGUGAUUAAUGUGACUGUAUUAGAGCUCAGGGAAUUGGAGUUUGGAGUUCAAUUCCAGCACCAUCUGUAAGAAGUCUGUACACCCUUCCUGUGAGCGCACGGGUUUCCUGCGAGUGCUUUGGUUUCCUUCCACAGUCCAAAGACGUACAGGCUUGUAGGUAAUUUGGUCAUUAGAAAUUGUCCUGUGAUUAAGUUAGGGUUUAAUAGGUUGGGCUGCUGGGGAGAGCGGCUCGUAGGGCUGGAAGGGCCUGUUCCACACUAUCUCUAAAUAUUAAAAAAAUUUAAAAUUUAUAAAGUCAAUACAGCCCAGAAAUAGCCCUUCAUCCCUCAAUUUCUGCACUAAUUAUCAAGUACCCAGCUACAUGCAUACCUUAUUUUGUUGAUCCCUUUCCCACAAGCACCCACAGAUCUUCGGCCACCCAUCUUACACUUGGGGCAAUUCACAACCCGGGAUGUGGAAAAAAACUGGACCAUCCCGGAGGAAACUCACUCAGUCACAGAGAGAACUGUGCCCAGAUAGCAACAGAGGUCAGGAAUGAAUCCUGGUCCCUGGAACAUGGAACACUACAGCACAGUAUGGGCCUUUUGGCCAAUGGUGUUGUGCCGAUCUUUUAACUUAUACUAAACCUUCCUUCUCACAUAGCCCUCCUCUUUUUUAUCAUCCAUGUGGCUAUUUAAAAGUCUUUUAAAUGUCCCUAAUGUAUGUGCCUCUGUCACCACCCCUAGGAACACAUUUUACACACCCACCACUCUCUGUGUUUAAAAAAAAACUACAUCUAACAUACUUUCCUCCAGUCACCUUAAAAAUUUUGCUCCCCAGUAUUAGUUUUGAGGCAGUGGCUUAAAUCAAUCUGUCACAUACACCUUUGAGUUGUUCUGCAUUUGAGGUUAUAAAUAUCUUGUUCAGAUCAAUGCCACUGUGGAUCUUUAUCAAGAAUCACUAUUCCCUCCCUGUAAUUUUAAAAUAAUUCAGUGAUUUUUAUUUUCCUUUGAGCUGGUGAGUGAAUUGAAACCCCUCUUGCUCCAUAACCCUUUUAUAUCAACCUCAUUCACACCUCCUAUGGUACCAACACAACCACCUACAGGGCAAGAGAAGUUAGUCUACCAGGCAGGUUUUCCUCUGGUUGUGAUGUUAGUUAACAUCAUCAGAUAUGGAACAUUGAACAUUAUAGCGCAAUACAGCUACUUCAGCCCACAAUGUUGUGCUAGCCUUUUAAAUUUAUCUAACUGUACCCUGCCAUAGAGCCUUCCACUUUUCUAUCAUGCAUGUGCCAAUCUAAGAGCCUCUUAAAUGUCUAAAUGUUUAGCUCUAAAGCAUUGCACACUUAUGAUCUUAUUAGUAAUACUGAACUGCUGAUCAUUUUUCUAAUCAAUUUAUUACUUUGAAGAUCACAGACCAUUGUCCAACUCUUGUUGCUGCUGAAGUGGACAUCGUCCAGCAAAUCAGCAUUACAGAUUUUAGUUGCCCCACCAUUGAUGCUCAUGUUUGCACCUCCCUCUGUUUUAAGUUUUAGAGAUCCAUGGCUAAUUCCCUCUGCCUCUUUACCUUCUUUGAUAAUAAUCGCUCCACCUCCUUUUAAAAAUUCUGACGGGGUUGUGGUAGUUAACUGGAUUACCAUCCAGAGGUAUGAAAAAAUUAAAGGUCUUAAAAGAUGAGCUUUAUUUGUCACACGUACAUUGAAACAUACCAUGAAAUACUUCAUUUGCGUCAAUGACCAAUACAGUGCAAGGAUGUGCAACGAGACCUGGGUGUCAUUAUACACCAGUCAUUGAAAGUGGGCAUGCAGGUACAGCAGGCGGUGAAAAAGGCGAAUGGUAUGCUGGCAUUUAUAGCGAGAGGAUUCGAGUACAGGAGCAGAGAGGUACUACUGCAGUUGUACAAGGCCUUGGUGAGACCACACCUGGAGUAUUGUGUGUAGUUUUGGUCCCCUAAUCUGAGGAAAGACAUCUUUGCCAUAGAGGGAGUACAAAGAAGGUUCACCAGAUUGAUUCCUGGGAUGGCAGGACUUUCAUAUGAAGAAAGACUGGAUGAACUGGGCUUGUACUCGUUGGAAUUUAGAAGAUUGAGGGGGGAUCUUAUUGAAACGUAUAAGAUCCUAAAGGGAUUGGACAGGCUAGAUGCAGGAAGAUUGUUCCCGAUGUUGGGGAAGUCCAGAACGAGGGGUCACAGUUUGAGGAUAGAGGGGAAGCCUUUUAGGACCGAGAUUAGGAAAAACUUCUUCACGGAGAGAGUGGUGAAUCUGUGGAAUUCUCUGCCACAGGAAACUGUUGAGGCCAGU